GGUGGGCCGGGCCCCCCUGAUGCCCCCUGCCCCUGCAGCAAGCACGUGCUGACCGAGGACAUCGUGCACCGGGAGGUGACGCCGGACCAGAAGCUGCUCUCCCGGCGGCUCCUGACCAAGACCAACAGGAUGCCGCGCUGGGCUGAGCGCUUCUUCCCCGCCAACGUGGCGCACUCGGUGUACAUCCUGGAGGACUCUAUCGUGGACCCCCAGAACCGGACCAUGACCACCUUCACCUGGAACAUCAACCACGCGCGCCUGAUGGUGGUGGAAGAGCGCUGCGUUUACCGCGUGAACCCGGAGAACAGCGGCUGGACGGAGGUGCAGCGGGAAGCCUGGAUUUCCUCCAGCCUUUUUGGCAUCUCCCGGGCUGUCCAGGAGUUUGGCCUCGCCAGGUUCAAGAGCAACGUGACCAAGAGCACCAAGGGCUUCGAGUACGCGCUGGCUAGGAUCCAAGGGGAAGCUCCAUCCAAAACACUGGUGGAGACCGCAAAGCAGGCAACAGAGAAGGCCAAGGAGACCGCCUUAGCAGCUACGGAGAAAGCCAAGGACCUGGCCAGCAAGGCAGCCACCAAGAAGCAGUACGUGUGAGCGCAGCUCCACUAGCCCCUCCCCCCAUACAUGACCUCUGUAGAUUUUAUAUUUUUUAAUCAAUGCUGUACAAGUCUGACAAUCAGUGGUGGAGAGCACCUUCCUGAGAUGUAAUUAUCAUUAAACAUUCAACUCCCUG